GCUAUUAGUCGAAAACGUGGUGAUUGAACAAAAUGGGAGCAUCUUAUCCACUGUAUGUGUUAGUUUGCUUUACUGAGGAAAGUGGUAGUCCUUUUAGUGCUUAUGAAACAAAGUUUGUUGAAUUACAUGAAGGUGUUCAAUACGAUAACUUUGAUUAUUCCCAAAAGUACCGCAGCGUGUGGCCGAUGAAUAAGAAGAGUAAGGCAUCUUUACGGUACCCUUGUAAAGUGCUUCGAUUCUCAGAUAGCUUACUUGGCUUAAACACAUUAUGCAAAAAUCUUGUUGAUGGAUCAAUGACUUUAAAGGAAUUGGAAGAAGAACGGUUAGCUCUGGGUGAGCAAGCUAAAGACAAUGGAGUCAUGAAGAAGUUGACACAGACAAAAGAUGAUAUUGCCGAUGAAGUUAGUGAUGGUGAUGAUAAAGACAUGUUGAGAGGGAAGAGGAAACGAACUCCAUCGACGAAGUUGAAAGACAGCAAAUUACCCUUGGAGAAAAAGAAAGCUGUCUCGACCAAGUUUGUGAAGAAAACUGCUACUCAGAAAAGAAAGCAUUCAAAGGAAGUUGGCAAAAAGAUCAUAAAGGAGUUAAAUCGCCUUGAAGAUGAUGAAGAGGACAAAGCUGUUUCUAGCAACAGUGAUGCCAACGAAUCAAGUAGCAGUGUAGAAGAGGAUGAAAUUGACGACCAGGAUUUGUUAGAACAAGAAAUGGGAAUCGUUCCACAGAGUGUAACGAGAAAGCAAAAAAACAAGCAGUCUUCAACGAAGAAAAACGAUGGUCUCAACACAGUCAUUCGAACUUGCAGGUUUAAAGUCAUUUACUCGACUCAGUCGAGCAGGCUUAAGCGACAGUUCACAUUUUUCUUCCACUUCGGCAUUCGGCCAGUUAAAUGUUGA